AUGCUUUACCAACUACUACUGUAUGGUGUACUAUGCUUACUACUAUCUAAUCUCACACUGGCAGUUCAAGUCAACUACAACUCAUCAUUUACACCCGACCAUCUAGCAUAUCUUCGCAACGAAACAAAAUCAUUAUUCAACCAUGCCUGGCAGUCAUAUAUGCAACACGGAUUCCCUGCCGACGAAGUAACCCCAAUAUCGUGUCAGCCAUACGGGCCAGAUUUCAACGAUAUAAAUAAUGCCGUAAGGAAUGAUGCCUUGGGAAAUGUGUCACUGACGAUAUUGGACAAUUUGGAUACGUUGAUUAUAAUGGAGCAAUGGGAAGAAUUAGAGUAUGUGUUGUCCUAUUUGAAAUCUCAGCAGGCGACAUUCUUUGAGCAAGAUACUGUUGUUCAGGUGUUUGAGUUGACUAUUAGGUCCUUGGGUGGAUUGUUGUCGGCACAUUUGUUAUUGACUGACGUGACUAAUCUUCCUGCGAGGUAUAGCAAGUUUAAUCAGAUUUGCCAAGAAUACGACGGAUUCUUGCUAUCCAUGGCUUAUGAUUUGGGAUUAAGGUUGAUUCCAUCGUAUAAGACAACCACUAAUAUACCUGUUCCAAGAAUAAAUCUAGCCAGGGGGUUAAGAAGAGUUCCACCUGCACUACAACGAGAUGCCUGCACUUCGGGAGCAACCACACCCGUAUUGGAGUUCACUCUAUUAUCACGAUUAACGGGUGAUUUACAGUUUGAAUAUUAUACCCAACUUACAUUCUGGAAAUUAUGGUCUUCUAAACUGAAUUUACAUUUGUUGCCGAUGUCAAUUGAUCCAUUGGCCAACCAUUGGAAGGAUGCAAUCACAGGCGUAGGUGCAUCUAUUGAUUCUUUCUACGAGUAUACUGUUAAAGCGGCAGUUUUGUUUAAUGAUGACUACAUGUGGUCAGUAUUCAAAACUUCUUACCAAGCCCUACUUACUCAUCUGGCACAAGGCGGCGGACCUAAUGAUGGCCUGAUGAUAUUCUCAAAUGUAAACACUGAAGAUGGGUCCGUUUUUGGAGACUGGAUUGAUCUGUUGGGGGCUUUUUGGCCCGGAUUGCAAGUAUUAGCUGGGCAAUUAACCGACGCGAUCAAGACCCAUGCCGUAUAUUUGAAAAUAUGGAAUUAUUUCGAUCUGAUCCCGGAACGAUGGGUGUAUUAUCAUAAUGAGGAGGUACAAAAGGAAGUAAAAAGUGAAGAUUCGGUUGCGUUGGAAUGGUAUCCUUUACGGCCGGAGUUUAUUGAGUCGACGUAUUAUUUAUACCGAGCAACGCGCGAUCCCAUGUAUUUGCAAAUUGGUGAGCGAGUGAUGAUUCUUCUUCGAGAUCGGUACAAGACAUUAUGCGGGUUUAGUGGAUUACAAGAUGUAAGAACUGGCGAGAGACAAGAUCGAAUGGAGACGUUUGUCAUGGGUGAGACUUUAAAAUAUUUGUACUUGUUGUUUGAUACUAAGGACGAGGUGUUUUUGCAUGAUACGAAAGUUAUGGGGAAUAAGAAUUGGAUAUUUUCCACCGAAGCCCACCCAUUAUGGUUGAAUAGAAAGAUUGACUUGUUUAACAUCAGCAAGGGAUCGGUGGCAUAUAGAGACGAAAAUGUUUCCAGCAAGGCAUUCCUGGCUAAAUUUGCUAGUCAAAUCACCAAAUCAAACAACGAGCUUGCUCAUUUCCCAAAAUCUCCAUUCCUUAAAAAUAUGACUGUAGCAAGAAGAGCAGAUAUUCCCAUUCCUGGAAACAUAAACGAUAAUAUUUUGAAGAGGGAUCCACAUGGGUCUAGAUUUGACAUGUGUGAAUUAAACCCAUGGACAAAAUCGCCGCGAGGAUUUCUAGAAUCUGGGUACUAUACAUGGGACCGCUUCUUUAAUGGAGAUUACCUAUUCCGAAGGUCGUUGAUGAAACCAAAGUACAUCGUGGACAAAGGAUCAUUUGAUGGCAGUAACGUUGAAUUGACACUUGCAUUUUAUGACAAGUUCACCAUGGGCGAAAAGAAGGGAGAGUAUCACUUACAAUGCCCUGUACCGGCCAACACUAUUUGCUAUGAAGUCAUGUGGGGAGAUAUCAAACAAUGCAACCAGAUUGAGAUUUCGGAAAUGCAUUAUAACCCCAAGGGGGAGAACUUUCCAUACAUGGUUCCUGGGGACCUAUGGAUGCCCGAGAUCAAAGGAUUGAAAAUCUUGAUUGAGGAAUUGGAAGAGGGGAAAGUAGACUCUAGAAAUACAGUAAUUACAAAAGAGUUCAUAGCGUCAUUGCAAAGCAACGACACUGUUGAGUCGGACACUAUACUUCGAAUUAAUCGUGUCAAUGGGGUGUACCUCAAGUCCAAUUCUGUCAUAUGGACAUUACCAUUUCCUAUAACCAAACAAGACGAAGGGCUAAUUGGAGUCAACUCUGACCUUCGGGUAGUAAUCCAAGGCCGAGUAGUAGAAAACUUGAUGGUUUGGUAUGGAUAA